AUGGGCACCUCGGAACGCCGCGUAGCCCACGUUAGCCUGGAGCCGGGCGCGUCGCACCUCACGCUGCAGCUUCGACUACUCGACGACCGCAGGAGCUUCUUCCGCCCUUGCACUGAGAAAUUAGACCGCGUUCGCUUUCGUCUGCAGCUUCUGGCGUCUGCUGUCUCAAUUCCCGGAGGCAAGAAGAAGCAAAGGAAUGGCGGGACAGCGCCCACAAUUCCUGUCAAAUUCUUCGACGCAGAUGGUCAGCAGAUCAACGCAAAGAGAGCGACCGUGGGCGAUGCAUUAAUGCGCACCAAGCAGCUACAGGUCGGCUCAGAGACCUUCACAGUACUCCACAACCAGCCACUAGUGACGGGCCUAAAGGUGCUGGAGCCUGUGAUGGCUGGUAUUACAGUAAAUCCGCUACUUGAGACUCAAUUCUGCACUGCCGACGAGUGCUCGAGAUAUACACCGACCGAGGAGGAGCUGGACUGCACGUUCUACGUGGAAUGCCAUGCACCAAUGAUACAGUCAGAGUAUGCUGAGGACAGCAAGGCAGAAACCGUAACAAUACCGGUACUACCAGGACCUAACCGGUAUGUGUUCAAAGAGAGACAACAAAUGGGUGCAACCAGUGCGACAGACAAGUAUCCUGAUGCACACGAAGCGUUCCGAGUCAUGAGUUAUAACGUGUUAUAUAACGGUUAUGCAACAACCGACCAUGCAAAGAAGAACUUGUUCUCCUACGUCGACGACGAUGUCAUGAAGGAGACGCGAGAUGGGAGAACAUGUAUUUAA